ACAUCAUUGCAUCAAACGGAACAAAAACCGGGAAAUACAGAAGCAAUUGAAGCGGCAGACACAAAAGCAGAGAGAAGAUAUAAAGAGACAGGUGAAGAUGUUGGAUUUGCAGUUGAAGCUACACUCACUACCAUCACUAUCAUCUUCAUCUUCUUCUUCUUCUUCUUCACUUAAGCAGUGCCCAAACCACUCUUUCUCUCCAAAGUCUUUUCCUUUCAACCCUUCUUCUGAACCCCUCACAGUCACCAAACCAAUCAGAUGCCGCCACUCAGAACUCUUUGAUCAGAAAACCUUUUCCUCCACACCACAAGCUGCAACCUCGACUGCUUCAGUUGGAGCUUUGCCACCUAGGGUUUAUGUUGGUCACACCAUUUACAAAGGGAAGGCUGCACUCUCAGUGACUCCUAGACCCCCGGAUUUCGCCCCACUCGAUUCAGGGGCAUUCAAAAUAUCUAGGGAAGGUUAUGUGCUGCUUCAGUUUGCGCCUGCUGUUGCUUCCCGUCAAUAUGAUUGGAAUAGAAAACAGGUGUUCUCGUUAUCAGUAGGUGAAAUGGGAAGUGUGAUUAGCCUUGGAACAAGGGAGUCUUGUGAAUUUUUUCAUGAUCCUUUGAAGGGAAAAAGUGAUGAAGGUAAAGUCAGGAAAGUUUUGAAGCUAGAGCCUCUUCCGGACAGUUCCGGUCACUUCUUUAACCUCAGUGUUCAAAACAAGCUUCUGAACAUGGAUGAAAGCAUCAUUAUCCCUAUUACAAAAGCAGAGUUAGCAGUUUUGAGCUCUAUUUUCAAUUUUAUUAUGCCAUAUCUUCUAGGUUGGCAUACAUUUGCAAACUCCAUAAAGCCAGAGGAUGCCAGCUUAGUCAAUAAUGCCAACCCAAGAUUCGGAGGUGACUAUGAAUGGAACAGAUAGGGAUCACUUUUUGCCUGUAUUACAACACCCUCACCUUGUGCACACUUCUUAACUUUGAAAUGUGUUAAAUCACUUCAUCCUGUUAACUGAGAUUUGUUUAAGAAA